AAAAAAUCCUGCGAGAGGUUAUUGUACAAAAAGCUCCUUGCAAAAGUCUUGUUUGAUUUCUUAACAAUUGAAAUGGCGUGAAUUUGGUUCUGCCCUUGAACGCUGCUCAUUGCAUUCCAUUUACAUAUGUGCUUCUUCGCUUGAUGUGCUGGCAAAGUGGACUAUUACGCGGUAAAGCUAGGUCCUGUGUUAAUUUUGUCUUGCACUGCAUUUAUGUUCUGUUAUGUCAAUAUUUCACUACAUCUAGUCGAAGAAAAAGGGUCUGAGUCUUGACGAGAAGCGGCAAAGGAUGUUGGAUUUCUUUUAUGAGAAGAAAGAUUUUUUCCAGCUCAAAGAAUUGGAGAGGCUUUGUCAGAAGGAAAAAGGGAUCAACUCUAUGUCCGUAAAGGAUGUAUUGAUGAGCCUAGUUCACGAUGAUUUAGUUGAUACCGACAAAAUAGGGACUAGUGUAUACUUUUGGGCAUUUCCCAGCAAAGCUGCACAGAAACUUAAAGCCAAAGUCGAAAAACUAAAGGAGGAUAUACAAACCACACGCAACCAAAUCUCUAAGACAAUGAAGGUGUUGGAUGAAGCCUCAAGUAAAAGAGAAGACACAGAAGAAAGAAAACAAGUUAUUAACGAACUCAUCGAAAAGAAAAGUUCACUUGAUUCUUUAAAUAUAGAGCUUCAAGAUUUAAAAACGUAUGAUCCUGAUCGUCUACAGGAGUUAAAACAACAACAGCUUAUUGCAUUUGAUUCUGCUAAUCGUUGGACAGAUAACAUAUUUGUGAUCAAAUCAUGGCUGGAGAACAAAUUUUCUCUGGAUGAAUCAACGUUUUGUCGCCAGUUCGAUAUACCUGAAAACUUCGACUACCUCUCUUAAAUACUUUGUGAAACUUUGAAGUUCUUAGUAAAAGUAUAUUUGUUCUAUGUUUAUGAUGCAUUUAUGUAAGAGAAAAAACGAUGUUCUUUUCAUAA